GUUGUGGCCACGUGAUAGAAGACUUCGUAUUAUUGGUUGCGUAGUCACCGAUGGAAUAAUCAUUUCCUGCGCAUGUACGCUUCAGAUUUUGCAACAAAGCGAAGUUUCUCAAGUUACGCGUUGAUAGUAUUUGUGGAAUUAAUUAAUGCAUUCUCACUAUCAAUAUUUGAAAAGAAUGAUACAUAAUGUAUAAAGUUAUGAAUAUAGCGUAACAAGGGUGUCCGUGGACUCUCGAAUUCAGAUUAACAUUCCAGUAUAUGUUGGGGCGCAUUUAUUCACGAUAGCUGUACAUGCUUUUAAGCCCUACAGCAAACAACACGACGCUACACCGUGUUGCUCUGGCAUCUCUCACGGCCACCUAUACCGACUCGGAGGGCGAAGACGGGGUGGAAGACGACCUUCAGGAGAAUUCGAACACUCCCCAGGGGGCCGCCCCGCAUAAUGCCCAAGUCGGUCAGCCCCAGGCUCUCACCAGUCCCAAAUCUGGCAGAUCAGCCUCAAAUAGUCCCAACGUUGCUUCCAGUGUUGGUGGCAAGUCUAAUAGCAACUUGCCGAACGCGCCCACCUUAGUAACUGAUGUAACAUCGAAGGUGCAGAGAUUGGUUUCAUAUUUUGAUGAUUCAAUAGUUUCCGACGAUGAAGGAGCUGUGCCGAUGGUGGUUGAGGAACAGCCUUCAGAGAACGGAAGGCCUUCCUUGACUACUGAGCAGUCUCCCUCGUGUCAGGGAGAAUUAGUUUCAGAUGGAGAAACAGAUCCUUAUGGAGUUAUAAUACCACCUGAGCCGCCAGGUCAAUGUCCACCGGAAUUACAAGAAAAAAUAACAAAACUUUUUAGGAAAAUGGAGAGUGGUGGUUUAGAUAUGAAUAAAGUCAUACAGCAAAGGAAAGACUUUAGAAAUCCAUCCAUUUAUGAAAAAUUAAUUCAGUUUUGUAGCAUCAACGAACUGGGUACAAAUUAUCCUCCAGACAGAUUUGAUCCAUUUAAAUGGGGCAAGGAUUCUUAUUAUGAGGAAUUGGCCAAGGUACAAAAAGUGGAAAUGGACAAACUUGAAAAAGCUAGAAAAGAAAAAACAAAAAUCGAAAUAGUGUCAGGUACUGCAAAACGACCAAAUAAUUCUUCCAGUACAGCAGAAGAGGAUGCUAAAAAAAGAAAAAGUAAGUGGGAUCAAGUGGCAACUGGUGCCACUGUAUCUGUAAAACCCACAGUUUUGUUGUCUCAACCAACUUUGACUACGUUAACGUCCUCUGCAACCGGUACGAAGGCAACUGUUAUAUCAGCUUUUGGUUCACUACCAAAGAAAAGACUGUAACAUAUCGUGUAAAUUUAUUGUAAAUACUAUUUGUUUAAAACAAAUACUUUUCAUGUGUUUUUUUACAUUUUUUGACUUGAAUUCACAUGUUUACAACUCGUAAAGUGUACAUCGAGCGUAUCUCGUUUUAUUUUUCUUACAUGUGAUUAUACAGUACAUCAGCUUUUGCGAUAUUAUCCACUGAUUUUUAUUUCAUUUGCAUGAUAUAAAAGCGUAAAAAUUUGAUCGGAAUUCCUAUUAAUCUUUAGGAUUUAAUGCACGUUGAAACUUUAUAUGAUAUUGAUUUAACAACAGAGAUUUCUUUCUUUAAUGAUAAAAGUAGAAGAAAUCUGCGUUAAAUAGUUGAUAUUGUAUUCAUCCUAUAAUCGGCCAAAACUUGCAUCUGCGUUCAAAUUGCACAACCAAUAAUAAUACAUUCUUGAUUUUCAGUUUUUUACCAGGAGAUAUGCAUAAAUUAUGUAUAUAAGUAUCACACAAAAUCUGUAUCUAAGCAUCACAUCAAAAUAUGAAGUGUGAUCAUAAGAUGUUUUACAUAUGAACCUAUAUGCUUAGAUGCAUAUCAAAUUAUUCGAGGUUGUUAAAUUGUAAUAUUGUGGUUCGUAGUAUCAAUGCAACAAUAAUAUUAAGAUACAGAUACAAAACUCUGGAGUUACGAGAAUUUUCUACAAUGUAAUAAUAGGUAACAAGAUUGUGUGCAAGAUUAAUUGCAUUUUUUUGUUGAAAUGUACUUUCUUAUCAAUAUCUGAACUGUGCAUUAUACAAAGACAUCAUUGUACAUAUAAAAGAGAAAGUUUUCAGUACUUACUUACUCAUUUCUGUAACUUAUACCACAUUCAUGUAAUCUUUUAUAGAAAAAUUUAACAGCCUUUCAAAGUAAACAGAAAAUAUGUAUCUUCAGGUUUAAUUAUAUAUCCAUGCAAAUACAUGGACAAAUUGUACAAAAUAUUUAUCAGCAUGAGCUAUGUGUAUUUAUUAAUAUAUGAUUAAGAGAGAGCAAACAGAUUUUAUAUAUCUUUGGUUUCUUAGGCUUAUUUUUUCACGUUGAUGCAAGUAAUUGAAUGUGGUAUUUUAUUGUAGAUGUGUUUUGUAUACACAAUUAUCUUCAGUCAAAAUGCCAUAGUAUAUAAAGAGAUCAAAGUCCUAUUUAAGACCUCUUGUGUGGAAAAAAUUAGAAAUUACAAUGUAGAAUGAGAAAAAGAAUCUGUAAACUCUGCAUUUCCAUUUUGAUCAGUAAAAUUCUAUUAACUUAAUUGCCAGUUUGGAAGGUAGAUGUUUAUAUCUUCUUUUUCUCUUAAUCUUUGGUCCACCAUGAGAACUAUUGUUAAUAGUAAAUACUGAACACCAAAAAAUUAUUAUAUAUGUCUUAUAAGGAUUUAAUGUUGGCCUAAAAGUAUUACUGACAUUUCAAACAUUACAACAAAUGAAUUAUUUUACGAUUAUAUAUUUGAAUACGAUUUAUUAUGUUCUUUAAGAACUUAAUGAGCUAUAGUAUUUUAAUUUAUUACAAAUUUAUCCUUUUUAAUUUUGAAAUAUUAAAAGAGAAUAGAAUAUUAAUUGUUCAGUUGUAAAUGAUAUCUUGCAUGAAUCUCUUGUACUGUCAGUUACACUUUCAGGCAGAACAACUAUAUUUUUUCAAAGUUGUACCAUAAACCGUUACACCCACUCUAUAAUAAAAUUAUACUACUGCCGCGAUUUCUAAAUUUAUAAUAAUACGCUGCAAAGGACAGUCAUGAACGCGCUACAGUUGUUCAGUAAAAACGAUAUUAAUAAAUGUCGCAUAAAUUA